ACAACCUGUAAUUUCUUCUUUUUUUUUUUCUCAUGCAACAGUCGCCUGGACUUUUCCUUCUCGCCAAAACAGAUUGCUAAAGAGUGAACCGAAAGGAACAGCUCAGUCAUGGACCGCAUACUUUACGGCACCACUGAGAGAAGGAUAAUCCAAAUCAUCAACAAGGAAAAUACAGCUCACCUUGUGGGAAUAUUUGCAAUUGCUCUGUGAAUGUUGAACUCUCGUCUGCUCUCCCGUCAGGAUUACAACAGGAUAUCAAUCUAGAUAUUGAACAGAUUGACGGCACAGGAAACUUUGUCAUAGCACUUUUUUUUACUGUACCGGUGCUAGUUUUUCUCUGACACAAUGAGCACGUUUUGUAUUCAACCUGUUUAUUUGUCACACAUACAGUAGAAUUGUUAUUGGUGCCCUCUUUUAGAAGGUAAGAGGAGAUUCGUCCAUACAAAGACCUUUUUGUUUCUUGCCAAUGUUUGAGGUGGAAUAGGCUCAGCUUUGGGACCCGCGGCUUGGACGCAUAUUUAGAUUUUCCUUUCAAUUCUGUCUAUAUGACACUCGAAUGAGAAUGGACGAUUCACAGAAUCUCUCUUAUGACCAUGGACCAAAGCCCACUCCUGGUUUAUUAAAUGUCUUUAACAAUCUUCUCACGAGGGAGAGGUUAGGAUCAGAUGUGCAGCCGGCUGUGCUGACGUCUUUUAAGGAACUGUCAGAUGUUGAAGAAUGUCAAACUCUCAAAAGUGAAAAUGCGCUGAAAGGGAGCGAUGCGCUCUCUCCGGGGGAUGAAGCCGCUUCCUAUUCCAGAGAACAAAAUGUUGACAGUGGGGAAUGUCACAAGGAUUCUGACAGUCCGGUUAAAGGAGAGUUGUCACACUGGUUGGACGAAGAAUCAGUCCGGGUGACUCGAGUGAUGACCUAUAGCGACUCUGAAAAUGAGGAAGAGGGGGCGGGACUUGAAAAGAAAAGCCUGUCAAAGAAGCUAAUAAUUGUCAGGAAGCCAUCCUCACCCGAGGAUAACAAGGUUCUCAUGCACCGCGGUGAUGAAGAUGUACAGCAAAGUGCCACUGAGGCAGAGUUACAUGUUCCGCAGUUUCGAACACAUGGGUUGAAGGUAUCACCUUUGGAAUCAUUUUUAUCUGCAGACCGGUCCAGCCAAAGCACCGACUUUCGAACUUUCCCUAUCUUAUCAGCUCCCACAGAGAACACGGCUUCGAUAUUUAACAGAGUCGAAGCAUCUAGCACAGAAGACGAUGGAAGUAAACAAACCAAAGACACCGUUGAGGAAAUGAACUCUUCUAAGCCCGUUGACUCCGUGAUCCUAGGCCCUGAUACAAAGCUUUCCCCAACAUCACAUCAAUCCGGAACAUGUGAGCAAAACUACGCCGAUCCGCUUUCGAGCCAAGCGAUCCCCUCCCCGAGUCUUGAAGAGCAGUCAGACCAUGUCGAAAAAACAACAACAUUGCUCUCCUCUGGUCUUGAUCUCCAACCAAGUGCCAAAUUUUCACCUCAACAUUCACUUUCGUCAAAGACCUUGGAUGUGUCCUCGUCCGUCUCACCCCAAUCCAAGGACACAUCCCACUCUUCGCCUCAUUCUUUUCAGAUGCCAGCUCUGUUUAGUGGCCUACGGGUGCUGAAGAAAGGAGCAAUAGGGGAAGAACGAGAGACUGUGUCAGAGAUCAAGCAGAGUGAGAAAGAUACUGACUUGGCCUUGCUCAGUCUGAAGAAGACGGUGAACAAAACCAAGCUCCUACCUGAGCAGAAGACAUCCGCUCCGACCAAAAAACACCUCGAGCCUAAACCUCUUGCAGGAAAUCUGAAAAACAGUCAUCACUUUAACCUUGAUAAGCACAAUGAAGCCAAAAGUGAAGGACAGGAAGCUGAUCCAGAACUGAAUAAAAAUAAAGACUUUGAGACUGGAGAUGAGGUGGCGAAAGAUAAACCCCCACAUUCAGAAAUCAGGAAAACCUCUGACUUGGCGUAUGAUGCUUUUCGAAGUAUUUUUGGCCCCAAGUCUGCCAAAAAGGAAAAAAAUGAACCUGUGGAUCUAGAAGCAGUGAGAAAGAAAAUCAAGAAUGACAAAGAAAGUCUACGAUCUAUUUUUGAGAGAAGCUCCAAAGCUCUGAGCAGGGAACCGAAAGCUCCUACAGAAGCUAACACGGAGACUACGUCGCCUGCGGACAGUGAGGACCGAACUCCGGGUCGUCUGCAGGCUGUGUGGCCACCACCCAAAUCCAAAGAUGAGGAAGAAAAGGUCGGACUCAAGUACACCGAGGCAGAGCACCAGGCUGCCCUCCUGCAGCUCAAGAGGGAAUGCAAGGAAGACUUGGAGCAAAUGCAUUCUGAUUUUGAGCUUGAGAUCUUCCAACUUCGAGGCGAGCAUGCCGUUGCAUUAUCAAACCUUGAAGGCAUCAUUGCCAAGUUGCAAAAGGACAAGACCUACAGUGUGGAGGGCAGACAGACUCGAGACGUGGCUGUGUCAACUGCUGACCACCCAACAAGUAAAACUAGCCGAACUGUGGGGAUCCAGACAGACAGGGAGACGUUCAUCAAGAGCCCAGAGGGUGAGGCGGGUGGUCUCGUUCAAGCAGUUAGCCAGAACAUGCCGAAAAAACUUAACCUGGACUCUAUCGGACUCAGUCUGGGGCUCAAAACAGCCUCGGGGCCUGCUGGACCAGCCCCGCCUCCGCCACCCCUGCCAGGCCCCUCAGGACCACUGCCACCCCCUCCACCUCCUCUGCCGGGCAAUGUUGGAGGACCGCCGCCGCCGCCACCACCUUCACUCGCCGGGGGUGGCCCUCCGCCACCCCCACCGCUUCCCCCUCCCGGUCUACCUGGAGCAGGACCUCCGCCUCCUCCCCCUCCUCCGGGCAGCAACCCCCCACCACCUCCACUCAUGGGGGGAUUCAGUUUCAGUAAGAUGUUCGAAAAGCCCCCUCGGAAGCCUGCAAUUGAGCCCGCCUGUCCCAUGAAGCCUCUGUACUGGACCAGGAUUCAAAUACAUGACGAUAACAACAACACUUUGUGGGGGUCUCUGGAGGAGCCAGACAUCAUUGAUCCGAAAGAGUUUGAAGAUCUUUUCUCCAAGGCCACGUCUCAGCCAUUGAAGAAACCUCUGUCAGACACGUAUGAGAAGAAAGCCAAAGCAAAGAAGAUAAUCAAGCUGCUGGAUGGGAAGCGUUCACAAGCUGUCGGCAUCCUCAUAUCAAGCCUGCAUCUGGAAAUGAAAGACAUUCAGCAAGCUGUUCUUACUGUGGAUAACUCCGUUGUGGAUUUGGAAACCAUUGAGGCUUUGUAUGAAAAUAGGGCUACUGCUGACGAGCUGGACAGGAUCAAGAAACAUUAUGAGACUUCCAAAGAGGAUGAGGUCAAGCUGCUGGACAAACCUGAACAGUUCCUGUAUGAGCUCUCACAGAUUCCCAACUUUGAAGGCCGUGCCCACUGCAUCAUCUUCCAGUCAGUUUUCUUCGACACCAUCUCCUCCAUCCGCUCCAAGGUGGAGAUUACGAUGAGCAUAUGCAACGAACUGCUGGAGUGCAAGAAUGUGCACAAUGUCAUGGGUGUCGUUCUGGCCUUUGGGAACUACAUGAAUGGAGGGAACAGGACAAGAGGUCAGGCUGAUGGCUUCUCACUUGAGAUCCUCCCCAAAUUAAAGGACGUCAAGAGCAGGGACAGUCACAUCAGUCUGGUGGAUUAUGUGGUUUUGUACUACCUGCGAAAUAUUGAUAGCAACGCUGGCACAGGCAAGAGUGUCUACCCUUUGCCGGAGCCACAAAUAUUAUUCCAGGCUGCACAGGUCAAAUUCGAAGACAUAACGAAGGACAUGAGGAGCAUGAAAAAAGAUUUGACAGCUUGCGAGCGAGAUGUACAGAGGGUGUGCGCUACCUCCGCACAGGAACACCUCCAGCCAUUCAAAGAGAAGAUGCUGGGCUUUGUUUCCACUGCGAAAACGGAGCAUUCAGUGGAAGAGGAUCGCUUCAGUGCUGCACGGAAAAGGUUCCGGGAGAUGGUCAACUACUUUGGGGUGAAACCAAAGUCAGGAGACAAAGAAGUGGACCCGAGUCACGUCUUUAUGCUGUGGUACGAGUUCUGCAAUGACUUCAAGAACGCUUGGGUACGCCAAAGCAAGAACAUCUCCAAAGAGAGGUUGAAGGAAGCCCAAGAAAACAUCAAAAAGAUCACAGAUGAUAAGCGAGUCGAAACGAAGAAGAUCAACGCCAACAGUCUGAAAGAGAGGCUGCGGCAAAAGGAGUCAAGCGUGUCGUCCAGUUGAAUGGCCUGAACACCCCCCAACCCCGCCCCCCACCCACCCACCUCCUCGAACAACGCGCCUCGACCUUUUGGGUACACGAAGAGUCUGCUGCAAGGUUGCAUGGCUGACACAAGCCCAAGUGAUGAGAGCCCCAAAGGCCAAAGGUGGAUCUCAUUCAUCCAGCGCGGUGUGACCCUCUUAGUGACCAGCUUGUGAAAGGUCUCAAGAGGUGUGGGGGGGGGGGGGGGGGGUCACUUCAUGGUUCUACUGACACAUCCAUCAGGUUCCUCCUGGAAAAUGGAUUCUGUUCCUCAUCUGGGCUGACAAUCGCUUCAAGUUUGUUUGUGCGCUCGAGCUGCUAUUUGAAAUGAUGCCCAACGCUCUGCUGCGGCUGGCUGCAUUUCAUUCGAUCAUUUUUGAAGGCAGUAUGUUGUCGCAGGAGGAGUGGAGGGGACGGCGGUAGGGGGGUGCUUUGUUAUUGAGGCAUAAUAUGAGCAGCGAAAGUUUUCCUUUCCUUACUUACGCACGCGUACACGUAUUAGGUCUCCCAGGUACAUGCACUCACUCAUUCAAUGUACUUUUAAGGCUGCUAAUGCCUCACCGGCGCCGACAUUGGGUGACAUGUUUGAAGCACUUUUCUUCUUGCAAUAGCUAAGUUGACCCCCGAUUGUAGUGUCCUUCAGGUUGUUAUACAGCAAUACCCGUUUUGCUGUGCUAGCUUGUAAAUUUCUGUCUGUUGUUUUUCGAGCCUUUUGAUCAUGUGGCCACGUUUUUAUGUCCGGAAAAGGUAUAUACGCUUCUCAUUCGAGAAAAGUCUAUUUAUGUAAGAAAUGAUUUAUUUUAAUGUACAGAGACAAGAGGAUAUUUUAGCAUGAACCUGUAAAGUGGGAGCUUUUUUUUUUGGGAUGAAUUUGACAAUGCACGGUUCGGAAUAUUUAAACCCAAAGCCACAAUUAUCAGAAUACCUCAGCGGGACCUCGAUUAUUAGAGUACAGAUAAAGAUGCAUGUCAUGUCCAGUGACCUGUUUAGCUUCCACCUGUGCCAUUUAUUUUGUAGGGAAAUCAAUUUUUGGGCAGAACUGGAAGGAAACAAGAAGACGAGCCGUUUGUUGGGUCGGUGGAUGGAAGCUCUUCCACAGCUCUCAUUUUAUGGAAUUGUUUUAAAUUUCAAGAAUAAAUUCCUGGAUGCUGACACAACAGAA